CACUACUUCCGGACUGAUCAGCUGUGUGUGUGGGAGCCACGUCGUCUGAACUUUUAUGUCUUAAUUCGAUCGUUUUGCACACGCCCCACUGAUAUCGUAAUCGUUAAAUUAAGUUUUUCGCUAUUCAUCACGUGCUAAGUACAUAGAAGCAAAAAUGUUAAGAACACCAUCACGUGGUUCUCCUGUCCUAGGCAAAUCUCCCCGUCUUUAUUAUCCUUUUGGCAAUACUCGAGGCAGGAAUCUAUUGAAAGAUUACAACUUUCAUGAAAGUGAUGACAACACUGGUAUAACUAAGAUUCUCUUUUUGGGAUGUGGAGACCUAAGAAAAACUUUUCACGUAAUAACUACUAAACACCCACAACAUAUUCAUCUUAAUGAUGCUCUUCCAUCAAUUUUGGCUCGCAACAUUAUGGUGUUGAAAAUCGUUUCAGCCAAUUAUUUCAAUCCGGAUGAAGCUGAUGAUUUUUCAUUUAUCUGGGAUGUGUGGUAUAACACAGAUUGGUCGGAAAUCACACAGAAAAGAUUUCUAUCAGUUCUGAAUGACCUGUUGAAUGAGAAGCUCCCAGAAAAUGUUCAUAUUCCUGACAGCAAUCAUUUGCAAAAGUUGAAGAAAGUUUGGAGUUCUUGGCAUGCUACUGCCUCACAAAAUCGAUCGGAAUCAGAACUACUGAUGAAAAAAAUACAUAAAGAGAGGAUUCACUUUAUUUUAAAAGGCAUGGAUAGCAUGUCGGAAGGAGAGUUCCGGGAGAGAUCUAAGAAUCCUGUGCAUUUCGUUUCUACAGUCAUCGAUUGGUUGGCUGAUGUCACGUCGAAAAACAUUUUGGUGUCGACAGUGAAGCUUCUACAGAAAGAGUGGUCAGAGGUGAAGCCCACUCUUAUUUUCAAUCUGGAAAUUGCAGAAUCAAUCAGGAAUCUGGCGUAUGCAUUAAUCCAACACUUCUAGACCCAACGUCACUCGAAUGGAAAGUCCACUAUUUAUCAUCUCCUUUCGAUAGCUACCUGCCUCUGACCAAAGAAGAGCUGGAUACUUCAGUCAAGAGCAAUAUGAUGACCCAAUCUUGCCAGAAAAUACUAAAGAGACUUUUGCUUUCUUAUCGAGUCGAAUUGAAAAUGUUGAAGUAUUUUUUCACUUGGAAGAUUCCCUGGAGUUUUGCUACGCUGGAUCAGCUAAACGUUUUGAUGUCAUCGAUUGUUCCAACCUCGCAGAUCACGUUGGGCUAGCUAACAUUAUUGUUGUUUGCAGCCGAAUAUUGGCAAACCACCCAGCAGCUUUGCUAUUUACUGAAUCGAUUGUUUGGACGUAUCUUGCAGACACCGCGGAAAAAUACGUUGAAAGAGCUCUUUGUUGCCCACUCAGCAUGAUCCCUACUAUAUAUGGUUUUCGAUUGACCAACCGUGUAGAAUUAGGAGCAUCCACAAUCGACAAUAUACGACGGAAUCUAGUGCGUCCUUUGGAUUUUUGCUGGCGAAAUGCUCCCAGUUUUCGGAACAUUUCACUUUCCUCCUCUCCGACGUUGAAUCGUUUUUUAGAUAAACUAGAAGAUGCAUGUUUUGAUACUGCGUUCCCUCGCGAAAUGUUCGGGAGUCAACCUGGCGAUAUGUGCGGCAGCAUUUGUUAUACUCCAUUUACAUACAACUACGUUGUGAACUCGAUGAUUCAACGCGUUGGAGGUGACCGUUGGUAUAAAGACCAUCGUCAACUUGGCAUUCAUCAUGCAUUUGAUUUGACUAAACGGACAGCAGAAGCCUGGAAAGAUGGCGAAAUGAUUAUGAAGAUAACAGCCGAACCAGAGACGAAACCCUCCUUACUUUUUGUUACUAUUAUAGAUUUUUAUGUUGAACAAGUUACGGAAAAUUAUCGGGAAUGCCCAAGUAAUUAAUUUGUGUGUUGUCUCAUAGGGAAAGCUGUUCGAGUAAUCUGGUAUUCAUCCUCACUUGAUUCAUUUCGUGCCAGCUAGUGAAAGGCGUCAAGAAUUCAAGUUUAGCUGCUGCGUGCAGUCAGCAAGUAAGCAAUCCAAUUGAUGUCCACCAGGUGGCGCGAGUGUCUUUGAAGGACUAACUUCGGCCAUUUUGUUCCUUGACGCAGCAGAAGUGAGAUGCCGGUCGUGACGUUUCCCAAAAUGAAAAGGUAUUUCUUGUCAAUUAAUCAGGUUAAUGGAAUAUAAAAUCUCGUUGUGUCAAUUUACAGGUGAUUGAUAAUACCUCUUUGCCACCUGAAUUGAAAAUGUCUGUAUUGCCGAAAUGUCGUGCCUCGUGUGUCUCGCUGCCUGUACCCAGUCGUACGUCUCAUCCCAUGCAACAGCAAAAGUCUAACAACCACGCUGCACGCUGCAGCCAGAUGGUGAAAGGUGUGAUGAAGAAAAGUUCAACCGUUGUAUGCAGGAUGUGGUGCCAGUGUUAUCCAGAAGUAGCUGUGCUGGAGUUAUUCCGAAGCAGCUGAGCCAGAAUUUGUCCAAAUUGCUGACUUUAAAAUUUUAACUGCUUUCAUUUGUGUUUUUUGCUUUGCAAGUGGUAUCCGUGGUGAUGAUUUGAAAUAUUUUUAUCCCCUUUUAUUUGUGGUUUUGCUCUGCCAGUGAGUUUCUGACUUGAAUUGGUUUCAUCUGUCGUCUUUUGCGUUUUUACUUGGGCAGUAUACGAUUGUGGCAAACUGA